AGGUUCUCGAGUUUUGUCGUCUUUGGCGUGGAUAUGACACGACGACGUUUUGGCGGAUUAUAAAUAUGGGAAUCAGAAGCGAUUAAUCGCCAUUUUCUUCGUCUUCAUCUCUCUCCCUCUCUCUGCUUAGGCGCAGUUCUUUUCUGGUUCUUCGUUUUUUCUCCAUCUCUCUCUCUUUAAGCCUGAAUUGUAUGGCCGCUAAUUCGAGGAGCGCAGGAGCGAUCGCCGGCUUGGGGAAACGAAUCACCGACCAGAUCUGGACCAGCAGCGAUUCACUUCGUAACUCUGUGAUCUCUUCCUCUGCUCCGAAGUUCAGGAGGGCAGCUCACACCUCAGUGUAUGACAAGAAUCCAGAGGAGCAAGUUCGACCAUCCAUAGUCCCAGAUGAUGUGAUUCAACCUCAAGCAGCUGACAAAUACUGGGCUCCCCAUCCACAAACCGGAGUUUUUGGACCGACCUCAGACAAUCCUGCUGCGGUGGCGGCGGCCAACCGUGCAGCAGAUGUUGGCAACUACUCGGCUGCGGAGGAGGAAAAAGCUUGGUUCCGACCAACAAGUCUGGAGGAUUCGGAGAAGCCCCACGGGUUAUAGAGUUGGUACUUUUGGCCACAAAACAUUAGUCAAGAAGUAGCAGUCAGCUAUAUUGACGUUUAUUAAAUAAAGAAGGGUUGUUUGUUUGUUUAAUGGUUAUACUAAAGUAAGUGUUUGCAGUGUUUGUGUUGCUUUAAAAGCAAUGUGGCUGAGGAAUCAAUAUAUGGUCAUAUGGUGUUGUACCAAACUAUAUUACGUUGUUUGGAUGUUUUUAUGCUCUUCUUUGACUAUGCAAAAUAGUGUGGUUUUAUAGCUCUA